AUGGCUUCUUUGAGGUAUAGAGUGGUUCUCUCCUUCGUGUUCUUCAUCUAUUGCUUCGCAGCAGAAGAGCGAUAUAUAUACUUGGUCCUAAUGGAAGGCAAUCCGGUUGCAUUUCAUCGAGCUGGCUCGAUGCCUCUCAAAGAAGGAAGGAAGUUUGAUCCAAACAGUGAAGUUUCAAAGGCUUAUGCAAAGAGCUUGGUGGACUCUCAUGACCAGCUCCUAGAGAGCACUCUAGAUACAGGAAGCUACAGCAAGCUCUACAGCUUCAAACAUAUUGUUAAUGGCUUUGCAGUCCACACAACCCGUUCGCAGGCGAAGAAGAUCAAGAAGGCUCAUGGAGUGAGGUUGGUGGAGAAAGACAGAGGUGCCAAGUUGAUGACCACUUACACUCCUGAUUUCUUAGGGUUACCACGAGGAGUCUGGGCGCAAGAAGGAGGAGAAAGAAAUGCAGGUGAAGGUAUAGUGAUCGGUUUCGUCGAUUCGGGAAUCAACCCUUUGCACCCUAGCUUUGCUUACGAUCAUCAUCCCGAAGAUCCUUUGACUCGGAAUCUUUCUCAUUUUUCUGGGGCUUGUGAGGGGGGUCCUCUAUUCCCCACAAAUUCCUGCAACCGUAAAAUAGUUUCUGCAAGGUCUUUCUCGGCUGGGGCUCAAGCAGCUGUAACUCUUAAUGCCUCAGCUGGAGAUUUCCUCUCGCCAGUUGAUGCAGCUGGGCAUGGCAGUCACGUGGCAUCAAUUGCUGCCGGAAAUUAUAAAGUGCCGGUUAUCAUGAAUGGCUUCUUCUAUGGGCAUGCCAGUGGGAUGGCGCCACGUGCACGAAUUGCUGUUUACAAGGCUAUAUAUCCAAGCGUGGGGACUCUAGCUGAUGUGGUAGCCGCAGGCGAUCAAGCAAUACAAGAUGGGGUAGAUAUCUUGGUACUCUCCAUUGGACCAGAUGCACCGCCAGAAGAUACUCUGACCUUCUUGAAUGCUUUUGAUCUAUUCAUGUUAUAUGCAAGGAAGGCUGGAGUGUGUGUGGUGCAAGCUGCAGGAAACCAGGGUCCCAACCCUUACACUGUGGUGUCUUAUAGCCCUUGGGCCAUGGGUGUGGCGGCCUGCACCACAGACAGAACUUACCCUGCUACUCUUAUUCUUGGAAAUGCCCAGAAAAUUGGUGGAGUGGGAUUAUCUGAGCCAACCUUUGGAAGUGGUUUGCUUCAGUUUAGGCUGGUCUUGGCUAAAGAUGCAGUCAAGGCAAAUGGGACAUUCCCAAGAAGAGCAGAUUACAUAGAGGAGUGUCAAUAUCCAGAAGCACUGAAUCCUAUUCUAGUUCUUGGCAGUGUUGUCAUUUGCACCUUCUCAGCUGGCUUCUACAAUGGCACUUCUUCUGUCACCGCCAUUAUUGAAACAGGAAGGGCUCUAGGGUUCAUGGGUUUUGUGCUUCUUGCAAAUCCAGACUAUGGCGAUUUCAUUGCAGAGCCAAUUCCAUUUUCUGUUCCUGGCAUAAUGAUCCCAAAAACCAGUGAUGCACAGAUUGUGUCACAGUAUUAUAAGGAGAAUACCAUUAGAGAUGAGGGAGGAUCUGUGACAAGCUAUAGGGGAAGAGCAGCCAUAGCUGAAGGAAGAGUUGCUUCUUACAAGGGGUUGGCACCUGUAGUGAGCAGAUUCUCUUCAAGGGGGCCCGACUUCAUCAACAAUAAAAGGGAUCCCACAGAUGUACUCAAGCCUGAUAUUUUAGCUCCAGGCCACCAGAUUUGGGCAGCUUGGAGCCCCAUGAGUGUAUCAGAACCUAUCCUAUCCGGACAAAAUUUUGCGCUGCUGUCUGGCACAAGCAUGGCGACUCCGCACGUUGCGGGCAUCGCUGCGCUGGUUAAGCAGAAGAACCCCUCAUGGACGCCCGCCAUGAUCGCUUCAGCAAUGCUAACCACUGCUCUCAAACAUGACAACAAUGGAGAGACCAUAAUGGCUCAAGGAGAUGAUCUCUAUAGCUUAUACCCUUCUACUUCUUUUGAUUUUGGUGCUGGACUUGUCAAUGCCGCCGCCUCCCUCGAUCCUGGCCUUGUCUUUCCUUCAGACUACGAGGACUACAUCAAUUUCUUGUGCUCUCUUCCAAACAUGGACCCUACAACAGUUAGAACAGCAACCGGCGGACUGUGUGAUCGGGCCUUAGACAGCCCCUCUGAUCUAAACAUCCCAUCGGUGACCAUAUCGGCGCUUGUUGGAUUCCGGUCGGUGAGACGGAGCUUGAAGAGUGUGGGUACCAAGCCAGAGACUUACCUGUGUGCAGUGCAACAGCCAAGAGGCGUGACGGUUAACUUGAAUCCAUCUUGGUUUACAAUUGCUCCACAGGGAAGCCAAGAGUUGGAGAUUCAACUCAAUGCGACACAAGUUUUAGGGGAUUUUAGCUUUGGGGAGAUCGUGUUGACGGGAAGUUUGGAUCACAUUGUGAAGAUGCCCUUGUCGGUUUUGCCUGUUUCCUUGUCAUAA